GGAAACAAAAAAGGAGAAACAAAAGCCAAAAAAGUCGCCUGCUCUUAUUGCAAAAAACGAUUCACACAUAAAGCGCACCUUCAGGUUCACAUGAGACUUCACACUAGAGAGAAGCAGAAAGACAGAAAAGCCAUGGCAGAGAAGCUACACACAUGCUAUCAGUGCGGGAAGAGUUUCCCAUUAAAGAGAAGCCUUCAGAAACACUUGAUUAUACACACCGGAGAAAAACCACACAGGUGUGAUCAAUGUGGGAAGAGUUUUCCAUUCAAAGAAUACCUAAAACAGCACAUGCUCAUCCACACCGGAGAGAAGCCGCAUGAAUGUAAUCAAUGUGGGAAGAGUUUCCGAAGCAAAAGAGAUGUUAAGAAACACAUGCUCAUCCACACCGGAGAGAAGCCGCAUGAGUGUGAUCAAUGCGGGAAGAGUUUCCGAAGCAAAGGUGAGGUGAAGAUACACAUGCUCAUCCACACCGGAGAGAAGCCGCAUGAGUGUGAUCAAUGCGGGAAGAGUUUCCGAAGCAAAGGUGAGGUAAAGAUGCACAUGCUCAUCCACACCGGAGAGAAGCCGCAUGAGUGUGAUCAAUGCGGGAAGAGUUUCCGAAGCAAAGGUGAGGUGAAGAUGCACAUGAGCGUCCACACUGGACUGAGGCCGUACCCAUGUGAUGAGUGCGGAAAGUUUUUUGCUCAAAAAAAACAGCUUCAGAAGCACAUGCUCAUCCACACCGGAGAGAAGCCGUAUCGAUGUGAUCAAUGCGGGAAGAGUUUCACUCAAAAAACACACCUUAAUGGUCACAUGAACAUCCACACCGGACUGAAACCAUACCCAUGUGAAGAGUGCGGAAAGUUUUUUGCUCAAAAAAAACAGCUUCAGAUGCACAUGAAAGUCCACACCGGAGAGAAGCCAUAUCCAUGUGAUCAAUGUGGGAAAUGUUUCCCAUACAAACAAAGCCUUAAACUACACCUGGCAGCCCAUGCCAAGGUGAAUCCUUACACAUGUGACGAGUGCGGGAAGAGUUUCAAAACCAGGUUACAAUUUAGGAGCCACAUGAAACUCCACCCUGAAUAUAAGCCGUACAAAUGUGAUCAAUGCGAGAAGAGUUACGGGCGAGAAGACCACCUUCAGAGACACAUGAAGCUUCACACGGGGGAAAAGCCGCACAAGUGCGAACACUGCGGAAAGAGUUUCCCAAUGAGAGAUUUGCUUAGGAGCCACUUAAUGAUGCACAGCGAAGUGAAGCCGUACACAUGUGAUCAGUGCGGAAAGGGUUUUACACUCAAGAAAGGCCUUAAUAAUCACAUGAAUAUUCACACCGGAGAGAAGCCGUACACUUGCGAACAAUGCGGGAAGAGUUUCCCUUAUGAACAGAGUCUUAAACUGCACAUGAGAUUUCAUCGAGGAGAAAAACCCUUCACUUGUGAUCAAUGCGGCCAGAGAUUCUCCCAGAAAGGAGCCUUUAACAUCCACAUGAAAAUCCACACUGGAGAAAAGCCGUACACCUGCGAUCAGUGCGGUAUGAGUUUCAGACAUGGAUCCUCUCUCAAAUUACAUAUGAUGCACCAUACUGGAGAAAAACCAUUUUACUGUGAUCAAUGUGGUAAAUGUUAUAGUACGGCAUCAUUCCUGAAGAACCACAUGAAGACUCAUGAUAAGGAUCAAAUUUACUCAUGUUUUACUUGUAGAAAGACUUUUAACCAGUUGGCGUGUCUGAGGUUGCAUGAGAAAAGGCACAGCCUUACAAAGCCUUUUAUGUGCUUUGAGUGCGGAAAGAGCUAUUUUACAGAUACUGAACUGAAACAGCAUCUGCCAGUUCACAGUAAUGAAAGACCUUACAUGUGUUCAUUCUGUUAUAAGAGUUUCCCCCGAAUGGACAGCUUGAAAAAACAUGAGAAGACCCAUAAUAGGAAAAUCCAGAACCACCGCCAUGAUGAGGAAGAGCAUGUCGAAAUGUCUUUAUUAAAGGGAUAGUUCACCCAAAAAUGAAAAUCCUGUCAUUUACCUACACUUCACUUGUUACAAACAUGUUUGACUUUCUUUCUUUUGUUCAA